AUGGAGGGGCUUCAGUUCUUCAAAAUCGCUGUUGUAUUGCAAAGUCUAGUAAUAUUUUCUAGACAUAGUUUUGGAUUUGCAGCAACAAAAUCAAGAGGAUUGAGCAUUAAGGUCAUCCCAAUAGACUCUCGGGAGUCUCCCUUAUAUAAUCCUAACCUUACUCACCGCCAAAAAAUUGAGAGAAUGGUUAAUGUUACCCUGGCUAAACUGAGUCAUCAAAAUUCGACAUUCCAUGAUGACAAGCAUUUUUCUGCUAUAGACCGUCAAGGUCUGCUCUAUAUUGCGCGGAUGCUAAUCGGAAACCCACCUCAAUCUGUAUAUGUAAUGGUGGAUACUGGUAGUCCGCUACUUUGGACUCAGUGUAGACCUUGCAGACAAUGUUUCCUCCAAAAUUAUCCCAUUUACAAUCGGCAAGCUUCCAGUACUUACAGGGGAAUUACUUGUGAUGACCCUCUUUGUAACUAUAAUGAAGAAGGCAGCCUUUUCAAAUGUGUCGGUGAUAUAUGCGUCUACCGUCUUUCAUAUGGUUCCGGUCCACAAGCAAGUGGCCCGACAAGAGGUUAUGCAUCUCUCGAAUCAUUUCAUUUUGUAGUGAACGACGAUGGUGAUACAGAAACAAUUACUCUUCUCUUCGGCUGCUCCAUAAAUAACGUAAAUUUCGCAUUUGGAAAUAAUCAAUAUAAUAUGAUUUCUGGGAUCUUGGGAUUAGACUUACAUCCAAAUUCACUAGCGUCCCAAUUGUCAGAUGUCUUCUCUUAUUGUAUUGUUCCCUAUGAUGUUAAUUAUCCAUUCGAUGUACAUCCUCAUAAACUGAGGUUUGGGGCGGAUGUUUUUAUUCCUCCACAUAGCAUUCCAACAACGCAGUAUGUAAGGGUUGAAGGUAGAUAUUUUUAUUACCUUCGUCUUUUAGAUAUAAGUGUGGGAGAUUUUCGCUUAAAUUUACCAGCUGGUACCUUCGAACCUUCCUCUGCUAGUGGUUUCUUUAUAGAUUCAGCAUCUCCAGCUUCCACACUCACCACAAAUUCCCCGAACGGGCUCAAUAUUUUUGGAAUGGUGAACACUGCAUUUAUUCAAUACUAUGAAUCUCACAAUCUUGAGAGAAAUCCUAAUCCUGGUGUUCCAUUCGAAGUUUGUUAUAUGAACCGACAAGAUUUUGUAGAUUAUCCAUCAUUGACCUUCCAUUUCCAAGUGGCAGACUACAGAGUAGAUGGCAGGUUUGUGAACGUUCAAUUUCAUGUAGCUGGAUUUUUCUGUGUAGCAAUAAUGGACCACCCAAGCAUAUCUAUUCUAGGAGUUUAUCAUAUGCAGAAUAUGCGUAUAAUUCACAAUGGCCAAAUCGGAGCAAUUCAGUUUUUCCCAGAAGAUUGUGCUCAGGAUCAUUUUUAG